UAAUAAUGGAGGCUGCUAAGAACACUUCUCUAGAGAUUAGCAACAACUGGAAGGACAGAAAGGAACAUACUAUGAGACUAAUCCAAAAGAACUUGUUUAAAUUAGAUGCUAAGCACAAUCAGUUUAUGAAGAAACUUGAUCCUCUCUCUUACAACUAUCUCUAAGUAUAAAUAAUUGUAGCAAACGAACCAAAAUUUGAAAGACGAAAAGAGCUCUAAAUGAAGACUUAGUUGAGUUCAAAACUCCUGCUAAAAAGAAAAGAAAAUUAGUGAAGGCUAUUUCUAAACAGCGCAUUCCUUUAAUGGCCAGGACUACUAACUCGAGAUCUCCUAUGAUUACUUCAUUAAGAAAGGGGAAGGAUGAAUCGAGGGAGAGUAUCCAAAAGUAUGAGAAAAGUUCAGAUAAUUGAAUAAAUAACACUAAAAUCUUGGAAGCUUGUGCAAGUCAGAUCAUAAAAGAUAGCCAAAAUCCGAGCUGCAAUCUAGAAAAACUCACUAGAAAUAUUUAUAAGAACUCUCAUAUAUCUAAGUUUGAAAGAUUUUUACAAAAGAUAAGACCGAAUUAUAUCCCAGACAUCCAAGAUUCAGAUCUUAAGCACAAAUAUCAGAGUUAUGAUUUCACGCCUAAAGUGUAUCACAAAUCAAUGAAUCACUACAAAUUUAAUUCUCCUCAGAUGGAAGGAUUAAUUGUAACAUCAACUAGUAAUUCCAAGAAACCUCUUCAGAAAAAGAACAAAAUGAAACUAUCCAAAUCAUUCGACUUAUCAACCACAAAACAUCUUAAAACACCAAAUCGCUUCAAACCCAAGAUCUCCCCCUCUAACAUUUCCAACAUCUACAUAACCUCUCUACACAACACCUCCUUCCAAAACCAAAGGAAUGCUUUAUUCAGGCAACUAAAUCACGGAGAGAUCAAUCUUCCUUCAUGACCCAAAAUCACAAACAAAAUUUGUCCUAAUAACAGCACUUUGUACUCAGUUGACCAUAAAGUUCAUUCUCGGUUUAUUGGAGCGAGGAAAUUGAUGAAGAGUCCUUGACUAAAUUAUGCAAGGAAAGGGUUUAAGGUGAAGAAGAUCCAAGGGAGAUAAAAGUGUGGAGAAGAGACUUGAUUUCAAAGGGUAGGGUAAGAGGGAAUCAUAGAAGAAAUUAAGAAAAGGAUUUCUAGGGAAUUUUAAUUUUUGAUAACCUCUUAGU